CGCGCGCCGCUGGCGUCACAGGCGCACGCGCGGCGGCGGGUGGAGGAGCGAUGGCGCUGCUGGUGCGGGACCCGCUGGCUCCGCGGGCGCGGCCCUGGCCGCUGCCGCCCGGCGGGGGCUCCGUGCGCCGCCUCCGCCGCGACCGCGCUCGGGCGUUGAAUAUUCCUGAAGAAAGCUUGUAUGUGAAAUGUAAUGGACGACUGGUUAGUGAUGAAGACGUAUUGCAGAAUGGAGCCGUUUACAGCCUGGAACCAAGACUUUGUGGUGGCAAAGGAGGAUUUGGAUCUAUGCUGCGAGCACUUGGUGCUCAGAUUGAGAAGACAACAAAUAGAGAGGCUUGCCGAGAUCUCAGUGGAAGGAGACUUCGAGAUGUCAAUCAUGAAAAAGCGAUGGCUGAAUGGGUGAAGCAGCAAGCAGAACGGGAAGCAGAAAAAGAGCAAAGGCGCUUGGAAAGGCUGCAGCGGAAACUUGCCGAGCCAAAGCACUGUUUCACAAAUCCGGACUACCAGCAGCAGUGCCAUGAAAUGGCUGAGCGACUGGAAGAUUCUGUCCUUAAAGGAUUGCAGGCUACUUCAAGCAAAAUAGUGUCACCAGAAAGUGGUGAUAGUAGGAAGCGUCCAGGUGAAUCUGGAAAGAAUGGAGCAAAACCUCGAAAAAGAAAGUGUUUUUGGCUGGGAUUGGAAGGAUUGGAUGAUUGUGACAGUUCAGACUGUGAAGAUGAGAGUGAAGAUGAUUCCCCUCAUGCAUCUGAUGGAAGUUGUCCAUCAGGCAGCAGAUACGAUGAAAAUGCUGGCAAUACAAAUGAAUGUUCAGGCAGCUCUGUGGAUUCGGUAGACGAUAGUCCAGGUACCAGUGCAACUGAGAAACCACUAGAGCAGCCAGAUGGUACUGGAAGAGAUCUGCAAGGAGAAGCAUGCACAGGUGGGCAAACCGAAAUUCCAGCUGAAGAAAAUGGUAAAAUGGCAAAGCCCCCAAAGGAAGAGGCCCAAGAAAAGAAUGAAGUAACCCAGGCUCUGAAAGAAGAGGAGCAAGAAAAUGUUUCUUCUAAGGCACAGGAAACGAACCAGUUACAGAGCACAGAGGUGGAACCAAUAGACCUACUGGCAUUCAACUCCGCUGUUGAAAUGGAAGCCCUGGGUUUAGAUCAGCUGAAGAUGCAAUUGAUGUCUUUAGGACUGAAAUGUGGAGGCACUUUAAAGGAAAGAGCAGCAAGGCUUUUUUCAGUGAGAGGUCUGUCUAGAGACCAGAUUGAUCCUGCCUUAUUUGCAAAGCCCUCUAAAGGGAAAAAAAAGUGAUUAAAAAAAAAAAAAAUCUAUCCAUGUUCUUUUAAAUUUUUCUUACUUUGUGGUCAUUCUGUACUGCCAUAUGUAGUUCUUUGGCAUCCCUGGAUAGCAUUUGUGUCUGUUUGUAAUGAAGUUUGAUUAUCGUAACAGGGAGUAAGUUGCUAGAUAGUUAUGCGUUUAAUACGUUCAGUAUCAAAGGAGUGAAACUACUAUCUUUUGAUAAGCUUUACAGGUGGUUAUAAUGACUCAUAAUGCGACAGGUAGAACAAACUCUGUACAUGGAAAGAAAUAACCUGAUUGUUUUCUGGAAAAUGGUUGUGUGACUGUCAUCACCUAUUUUAAGAAAAGUAGCAAUUCUUUCUUAGCUUUAUAUUGAAUCUCCUUCAAUGUGCAUUCCAGUUAGCACACAACUAUCAAAUGAGAAACAUUGAACUUGUGAUUCAGGCUUCAAAUCUGAAGUUUCUUUAAAUAAAAAUAACACUUUUUUUGUUUUUUAAUGGA